AUGUCGUCCCCGUCCUGGGACUACAUCGCGAAGCUCGUCUGCAUCGGCGACUCGGGAUGCGGCAAGUCCAGCCUGACCAUCCGCCUGUGCGAGGGCCGUUUCGUCACGCACCACGACGUGACCAUUGGCGUUGAGUUCGGCAGCCGCAUCGUCCCCGUCGGCCCGCCGCACUCCAGAGACCUCCCCCCUCCUCUUGCUCCGACGUCCGGGCCCGACGCCGACGAUGCUGCCUCAGAGACAGCAACAGAAGACGGCGGGAACGACAAGAAGCCGCCGAGCGGGCUGCCCGAGCCGCCACGAUCCAGCAGCACCCCGGCGGCGCCGCAGAAGCACAUGAAGCUGUCACUGUGGGACACAGCCGGGCAGGAGACGUACAAGUCGGUGACCCGGUCCUACUUCCGCGGCGCGAGCGGGGCGCUGCUGGUCUUCGACCUGAGCCGCAAGUCGACCUUCAGCCACGUGACGGACUGGCUCAACGACCUGCGGCAGAUCGCGGAGCCGGACAUCGUGGUGGUGCUCGUGGGCAACAAGGCGGACCUGGCGGCGCAGCAGGACGAGGACAACAAGCGCGAGGUGACGCGCGCCGAGGCCGAGGAGUGGGCGCGCCGCAACGGCGUGCUCGAGUACGUCGAGACGAGCGCAAAGAGCGGCGAGAACGUCGAGAAGGCCUUCAUGCGCGUCGCCGAGAGGAUAUACCAGAACAUCCAGGCCGGCAAGUACGACCUGAACGACCGGCGCUCCGGCGUCAAGGGCCCCAGCGCGGGCGGGCAGCGGGCGGUGAGCUUACAGACGACGAAGCCGGCGGGCGGUGGCUGCUGCUGA